AUGCCAAAGGAAAAGGGCUACAACCCCGUCCAAGCCCAGCGGAAAGCUGAAAAAGCCAAGGCCAUCAAAAAGGGCAAAGCAGAAGCUCAGGACAGACGUAACGAACGACUGGCGCGCAAGAACCCGGACCGAAUACAGAAGCAGAUCGAUGAUUUAAAGGCCAUUGCUGCCGGCGGCGGCAAGCUAUCACGGCAUGAGGAGCAGUUGUUAGAAGGACUCGAGAAGGAAUUCAGGGGUGUGAGGAAGGCGCGAGAGAUACUGGGCGACAGAGCACCUUCAUUCAACCGUGGCGGCCGACGAGAAGGGAGUUCGGGCGUCUUGGGGAAGAGACGGCGGAAUUCUGCAGGCUCAAGUACCGACGAGGAUGUGCCGGAAGAGGUGCGCAGGAUUCCGAUGCCUAGAGACACACCGCCCCCGAUUUCCAAGGAAGUUCUGGACCAGUGGUACGCGCGGCGGCGGGCACGACGAAACCCAAAUGCCGAUGCGAUGCGUGAAGAUAUGGCAAAGAAAGAAGAGUCUCAGAGGACGGAGGCGCCUUCUGUCCAACACCAAACCGUUUACGAAGCCAAACCUGUUAUGCGAGAUCUUAGGCAAGAGGCCGUUUCUGCUUUCGUGCCAGCCGCUGUGCAGCGGAAGCUGAACAAGGGUCGAGGUCGGGGUGGGUUAAUGGAGCCUGAAGAGGCGGAUCAGUUGGAGAAAGAGGGCUAUUUAAACCCGACAAAAGAAGCGGCUGGUUCGGCAGAAGAUGUUCAGCGGCAACAUUUGACUGCGACUGUCGAGGACAUCGAAGACGAGGAGGAGUAA